CCGGUAUCUAUCGUUCGGAGUCAGUGGGGAGAGACGGAAACCCUGGCAAUGGCGGGGGCUUAGCAGGAGGCGGAGGCCUGAGUGAUCUUCGUUUGAUUGCACCAAAGGGAAGAAAACACAGGACUACCGAGAAGAUUGACAGCUAGUUUGGACAAAGAUUCAAUAUUUUACAUCACUAUCUAGUAAAUUACUUGAGUAUGUCCUGAAUUCCCAGACAGGAAUCAGCAAAACAGCUUUUUGCAUGAUAACAAUGGAUGAGGAGAGUCUGGAAACAGCAAUUCAAACCUACAAAGCACAAUUGCAGCAAGUGGAGCUGGCUUUAGGGGUGGGAUCGGAUCCAUCACAGCUAUCUGAUUUGAUCCAACUGCAGGAGGAUUUGAAACAAUUGAUAGAACUGACUGAAUCCAGCCUGGUGUCAGUGAAAAAGAGUAAACUGCUGGCCACUUUAGACACAGAUGCACCCUCCGUUUCUCCAGCAGGUCACCUAAAACAGGACAGUAAUUCAGGCAGGUCCUGCAAUGAUGAGGAGUAUGCUGCUUUUAAGGAAGCUAUUGCUGAACUCAAGCCAUUGAGUACUAAAGACGAGGCCUCUCCAAAGGAAGAUGGAGAGGCUGAUGGGGAAAAUGAAUCAAAGUACAGUGAAGAGGAGGAAGCAUCUGAGGAAGAGGAGGAGGAAGUGAGUGGGAUGAAGGUUAAAGCCCCGUACUACAGUCCAUGGGGUACCCUGGAGUACCAUAAUGCCAUGAUUGUGGGGACAGAGUGUUUGGAAGAUGGCAGUGCAGGAGUCCGAGUGCUGUAUCUCUACCCAACUCACAAGUCCUUGAAGCCUUGUCCAUUCUUCUUGGAUGGCAAAUGCAGAUUUAAAGAGAAUUGUCGGUUUUCCCAUGGGCAAGUGGUGUCUGUGGACGAGCUUCAUCCAUUUCAGGAGCCCAAUCUCGGCUCUCUAGAAGUGGGUUCAGCCUGCCUGGCGAAACACCACGAUGGAAUAUGGUAUGCUGCAAAAAUCACGGACGUUGACAGUGGUUACUACACAGUGAAGUUUGAGUCAUUGCUGCUGAAGGAGGCUGUCGUGGAGGGAGAUGGCAUCAUGCCACCACUGCGAAGCGAGGAAGACUCUUCCUCUCCCGAGUCUGAGGAAGACAACGUGGAUGACUCUGGCUAUGCUAAAGUGAUCGAUUCGGGGCCCUUGGAGAAUGGGGAAGGGGCUCCAGCUUGCAGUGCCUCCUUUGGUGGCUGGGAGGCCCAUACUCGUGGCAUCGGCUCCAAACUACUCGCUCAAAUGGGAUAUGAGUUUGGAAAAGGUUUGGGGAAGAACGCUGAGGGCCGAGUGGAGCCAGUGCAAGCCAUAGUGUUGCCUAAAGGGAAGUCCCUUGACCAAUGUGCUGAGAUCCUUCAGAAGAAGCAGCUGGAUCCAGCUAAGUCAAGGAAACGGCGAGUGAAGGCAAACCAUGCUGGCCGUCCUUCUGCAGGGAGCCGCAAGCCCCCCCGCAAUGUCUUUGACUUUCUGAAUGAGAAGCUUCAGGGGAAGGGCUCUGGGGAGCAGGAUGGAGGAAUGACAGCAGUGGAGAGAAAUAACAAGGAGAUCUACCACGCCAGUAAGAGUACCAAGAAGGCCCUCAGUGUCCGCCUCUUCCAGACAAUGGAGAAGAUUGACCAAACGCAGAAGACCAUCAGGGGAAUCCAGGAGGCCCUGGCACGCAAUGUUGGACGGCACAGUAUUGCCACGGCCCAGCUGGAGGAGAAACUAGCUGGUGCCCACAGGCAGCUGGGGCAGCUGCGAGCCCAGGAGGCCAGCCUGCAGCAGGAGCAGAAGAAAGCCGAGACACACAAGAAAAUGACUGAGUUCUAGUCUCCAAGGAAAGGUGUUGAUGUGAUGUACUGCUUUUCAUUAUGUCUGAGCCAGCACUCAACGAUUUGGAACCGGGAUGAGCUGUGCCAUCACCUCUGGGUCUUGGGCAACCCAGCUGUGAAACUGGGGUGAAAAGCAGCCGUUCUCCAUAAAAAUAGAUGCUGUCUGAGCUGAGCAUUCCUGGGGGCGGGGGGGAGCGAGUACUUGUUCACUCCUGAAGGUGUUCAGAAGACCCAAGCUGCUUACAUUGACCUGCUAUACAAAAAGGCCCCUGCACCUUGCUUUUGUUCCCUUUUCCCAGUUAUCACCAUGGUAGUUCUCUCCAUCCAGAGAGUCUGUAGCCACCCGGGUGAUACCAUGGUUGUUCACAGAUCAGCUGGUGGGAAGAGCCAGGGGAGCCUCUGGCCUGUCACUCUGCCUUGGAGACUCAGUGCGUUGUGUGUCUGCGUGUUUAUCCGCUAGGCUGGGAACUGAGUCCCAAACACAUUCCAGCACUGCAGAAAAGACUGUCUGGUUUUGGUGAAAACCAGGGCAGGUCACUUCAGCUAUCAGCGUCCCUCUGUCCUUGGCUCUGGGCAUCACUCAGGGACACAGGAGUCAAUGCUGGGUUUGUCACUACUAGUUCUGAUGUUGCUGUGAUAUUUAGAGUAGCUCUUUAAAGCGCCAGCACACUGAACAGAAAGAGAAGAGAUCCCCAGGCCUUGCACUAUUGCCAGCUGACUGCAAAAGUAUGACUGGGUCCCAACCUUGUACAAAAGGUUUAGGCUUCCCUGUUAAGUCAGCCUGCAUGCUAAUGGUGACGAUAUGGUAUGCUGCCCCAUUCCAUAACACAGCACUGAGGGCCAGAGUUAGGGGAAUGUGGUAACCACAUAAACAGCUAAGUACAUAACAGGUCAGCUACAGACCUGCUGGCCAGGAACAAUACUACAGUCAGCCUUUUGCUUUCAUUCUGGCUGCUUUGAGACUUUCUGUUCUAGAUAUCUAUGUGAACAAGUAGGUUCUCCUUGUUAUGAAACACCGCAGAACCGUACAAAACGACCCGAGGUCCAGGUAUACCCACCACACACAGAUAUCCCUGUGAAAGAGCUCAUGCAAUCCUGGAGGCAGGAGAGCUGAGCAGACUCUCCUGCCCUGCAGUGGGUACAGACAAUCUCAGGCAGUUGAAAAUCUCCCAGACAGGUUCUGUCCGUGGUGGCCAUUUCUUGCUGUAGAGGAGGUGUUGAUUCUGUCAGGCACUCUGUGUUAGGCAGUGGCCUAUACAUUUGAGUAUUGUUCUGUGUAUCUUUAUUUUCUGAUUCUGUAAUUUUUGCAGGUGUCUUGAGAAAACACUUUUUUUUUAAAGUAAAAGAUAUCUGACCCCUUUUAUCUUAGAAGAGACUUGUUUUGCCUUUUUAUCUCCACCUCUCAGAUGCCUUUGAAGGAUUACAGAGCUGUCAACCUCAAGGGUAACAGUCACAAGAGCGGGAGACAGUGCUUCCUUGGCUACAGGUCAGGGCAAUUGAAUUCACUGCCGGGGUGAUUAAAAUGACCACAGCUUUCACAGCCUCAGACCGAGGUGUGGAAGUUCUCCCCUGUGAUUUUAAGAGUAGCAAAGGACACAGAAAAGGAAGUGAAGGCAAGAAUGAGAGAAAAAAUACAUUAAAAAAAAAAAAAACGCUAAAUUCUUGGCUACUUCAGGGGUACGGGAAGAAAAUUAGAUCUUUCGUGAUUGUCCUUUCCUGAGAAGCACUCGAUCCUACAGCAAUGGGUACUAUCAUAAGACCCUAAACAGGAGCUGAAGUUUCAUCUCUUCUGUUUACAGUGUAAAUGAAGGUGAUGUGGAUUUUGUCUUGAACACAUCAGUAUCCUUCCAAGCCUGCAACUAAUCAGCACCAACACCACAAGGAUUAUCAUUCUGUGACUAAGUAUGGGUCUUCUCUCUGCAUUGGGUUAAUUCAAAGCUGGUUUGGGGUGGGAAAUGGGAGACAGAUGGUGAAGAAGCUUAAUGCACUUAGCUCCCACGUUACAGUUAGUGGUCUCAUACGAGUGCUGUUUGUGACAAUUUGUAAUAAGAUUCACAGCUCCACAUGGCUAUCUGUCUCUGAGAGAUCCGGUACUGGAAAAGCAUGUCAGGGUGGAGGAGUCUUGCACAGGAGCUUCUUAUCUUUUGCCAGUAUUCAUGGGCAUGCCAUCUUUUAUUUAUUUUGCAAGAGUGGGCAUGUUAGUUCCAUUGUCCAAUAAGCAUAACUGCAUUUUGAGUCCCUUGAAUUUUCUCAGUGGUUUCAGUUGCCUCCUCACGUACCGUCCCAAACAGUUUCACCUUGAGACAGUUGCAUGUCCGUGGUGGAUAAAGCAAUCUCUCUGUUUGUAAAGCAUUUUGUGAUCCUUCACAAUGAACAGUACUAUAUCAAAAGGUAACUUAUUCUUUCACUAUAUUAAUUUACAAAACAAAUCAAGCAAACUCCUACUUGUUAUAUGCUCCUGUGCCACUGCGCAACGCAGAAUUUUGCAGAAAUUAACGUGCGUGCAGAAUUUCCCCCCCGCCCCCUGAAAUGGGCUACAGUGCUGCUGGCCGCCACUAAGGGAUGCUGAACCUGGCAGAGCCUAGCUGACAGAUAGAAGACACUGCCAGGGGGUAGGGGAGGAGGAGGGGAAGAGUAGAGAGUUCCUAGCAGCUGCAGUUCCCAGCACGCACUGAGGGAAGGAGAGGGCAGCAUGCAGGAAACUCCACACAAGCCUGGGACCCAGCAUCAGGCUGUUUCUCCCUCAGGAUCCAUGGGCUCUGAUGGGAGGGGGCGGGUGUCUGGGCUCUGGGGAGCAGGGGACGGAUGUCUGGGCUGAGGUGGGCCCACAGCUGGGCUCUGAGGGGUAGCGGGUGGGUGUCAAGGUGGGUGGGGUCCCAUGGCUGGGCUCUGGGGGGGAGGGGAGAAGGGGAAGGGAUAUCUGGGCAAGGGGGGACCUCAUAGCUGGGCUCAGGGAGGGUACGGGGUUCAGGUGUAUUGGCUGGCGGGGGCCUGCAACUGGGCUCUGGGAGAGAAGGAUUGUGGGUGUCAGACAUACUUACUGACAGGUAUUCUGAAAUAAAAUUACCAAAAUAAUUGAAACUGGCAUGAUUAUGUAGUGUUGUUUUGACAAAUAAAAUGUGCAGAAUUGUAAAAUA